AUGGCUGCUCCGACUGAUGUACAUCUUGAUUCUGCUCACAAGAUUCUUCGUUACAUCAAAGGCAAUCCAGGUCAUGGACUUUUUUACUCUGCUUCUUUUCAGAUUUGUCUCAAUGCGUUUGCAGACGCCAAUUGGGCAACAUGUCUUGAUAGUCGACGUUCCCUCACUGGUUACUGUGUAUACAUUGGGAACUCCCUGAUUACAUGGAAAUCAAAGAAGCAAGAUGUUGUUAGCAGGAGCAGUACCGAAGCUGAGUAUCGAAGCAUGGCACAUGCUACAUGUGAACUACUAUGGCUUCAGCAGCUUCUCACUAGCUUGAAUAUCAAGGUUUCCUCCAAUGCUAAGCUCUUCUGUAAUAAUAAAUCUGCUAUGCACAUUGCGACCAAUCCGGUCUUCCAUGAGUGA